AUGCCUGCAGAAUAUGAUUUGAAAGAAAAACAAAAAGAGAUUCAUAAAGGUACUAAACUCCGAAAAGCAGUUACCAAUGACCGUAGUGCACCAGUAGUUGGCAAGAAAUCAAAUGAUAGCUUACCACGAGGUGGUGGAGGUUUUCCUCCAAACAAUAUUGGAGGCAUGGCUGGCGAGUUAUUCCCUGGAGAAAUACCAAAAUUACAAAACAAAGGUCAAAAACAGAGAAUACCAGCAAGUAUUUCAUCUCGAAAACCGGUGCGCUUACCAAAUGGACCUACCAAUCAGACUGAUUUCAGGUCUCAACUCAAUAAAAAUGUAUCAAACUGUGGCUCGGUAAUCAAUGAUAACAAGACUUUGCCACAACGGAACGUACCUGCAACUUGUAAAUCUCAGCCUCCAACUCCUCAUUUUGUAAACACUAGCAAUGACAUCAAUAACAACAUCACCAACAAUAACCAUUCUGUUAAUGUUAAUACAACCCGCAGCCCAUCGCAACACACUGCUGGUAGCAUUGCAAUGAACGUUGGUGGAGGACGUCGGAUGCCAGGAGCACAUCCACCGCCACCCCCAGGUCGUCCUCCCUCUCUACUCAACAACUGA